GUGACGUCAAGUAUCAUGGCAAGAGCUGUGAGCACAAAGAAGCGGCAUAGGCGCAUGAUCCAUUCACUCGAGCGUCCCACAAACAGCCAGAGCCAGGCGGACAGACAGACACACAGAGCAGAAUGACACGAGCAUGACGUGACAAGUAAUGAUAUCAAUGGCUGUACAAGGUCACUCAUCACAGUUCACUCAUCUCUCCGCCCCAUCUAUCAUGCUCAUCUUAUCUCCCACCCUCUCCCUUCCACUCCUGACCGCCGCCAGCAGCACCGCCCAUCAUCUGCCCGCCGGACUGUGGCACGUACUGUGGCUGGGCUCCCUUCACCGCCGCCGACUGGCCUGAGUGGGGCAGUUUGCUGGGCGGCUCUGCGCUGCCCGUGGCAAGGAACCGCUGUGUGCGCUCGAGGAUGGGCAGAAUGAUGGUACGCUGCUCCUGAAAGCGACGCUGCAGCUCGUGAUAGAAACCAUCCUGUGACCCCAAACAGGACGAAACGAAUGAGAGAUGCAACAAUGCGAGUGUGUGUAUUCGCUCACCACGUUGAAGGACGAUUCCAACGACGGUUCAGGCUCCUUCUGCGAUGCCAUUUCGCCAAAGC